GGACGCUUGAGCCUCGGUUGGGCUGAGGAGAGGGUAUCCUGUCUUCUGUCUCCGUCUGACCAGUGCCUUCUGCUCCUCACCGAUCAUUACUGAAUAUGAGAAGAUCUGCAGCACCAAGUCAAUUACAGGGGAGUCUAGCAAAAAAACCAAGAUUUAGACCUCCAGGAAAUAUUAGCACAUCAAAUCUGAAUGACAAGGUUAAUAAGCUGGGUCCAAAUGUUACAUUUACUAAGGUUGGUACAACUGAAAAUCCCCUGCCGCAUUUGCAAACUGACUCUAGAAUUUAUAAUUCAGUUUUAAGUGCUGUAACUUCUGAGGAAUCUGCUAAAGAAAUAAAUAAUGUGGCACUUGUGGCAGCAGCAGAAGUAGCCAAGUCAAAGGAAAAAGAAGCCUUACCUGGCCAUGUGACAAAGUAUUUCAGUGUUCUUUGGCGUAAAGUUUCAAAGAAGAAGCACAAGAAGUGGGAAGGUGAUGCUGUCCUUAUUGUGAACGGAAGGUCAUUCACCCUGAAGGACCUGGAGGGCAGAGACAUUGGAAAAGGCAUUGGAUAUAAAUUGAAAGAUUUGGACAGUCUAAAUGAGGGUGAAACAACAGUGAUUGGUGGAAAAGAGAUAGAAGUCAUGGGUGUAAUUUCUUCAGAUGAUUACUGCAGUGGGCGAUGUUUUCAGUCUAGCAUAGGGAGCCCAUGCCUCACAACUUCACAAAUUACCCAGAAGCCUUUCUCUAAUCCAGUCAAAAGUAUCUGCAAAUCCAACAUAGAGGAAAAGAAUGUACAUGAUUGCUCAAAUUUCAAACCUCGUCAUGAUCCAUAUGCACAAAAUGCCUUUGUUAUGCCACGACCAGAUAAGAGUCAUCAGCGGAUAUUCAAUAAGAAUGGUUUACCACUUGUGGAUGUAGUUGUAGAUCCCUACCUUGUAAAUCAUCUUCGACCACACCAAAAAGAAGGAAUUGUGUUUCUCUAUGAAUGUGUGAUGGGAAUAAGAAUGAAUGGCAGAUUUGGUGCUAUUCUUGCUGAUGAAAUGGGUUUGGGGAAAACACUGCAAUGCAUUUCACUCAUCUGGACACUCCUGCGUCAGGGACUCUAUGGAGGCAAGCCAAUAAUAAAAAAGACACUUAUUGUUACCCCUGGAAGCUUGGUGAUUAAUUGGAGGAAAGAAUUUCAAAAAUGGUUAGGAAGUGAAAGGAUUAAAGUUUUCACUGUUGAUCAGGAUCAUAAAAUAGAAGACUUCAUCAUCUCCUCACUGUAUUCAGUUCUUAUCAUCAGUUAUGAGAUGCUGCUUCGAUGCCUUGAUCAAAUUAAAAAUAUAAAAUUUGAUCUUUUAAUCUGUGAUGAAGGACAUCGCUUGAAGAACACUUCCAUUAAAACAACUACGGCGCUCGUUAGCCUUUCUUGUGAGAAGAGAGUAAUUCUUACUGGUACUCCAGUCCAAAAUGAUUUACAGGAAUUUUAUGCAUUAAUUGAGUUUGUGAAUCCAGGAAUACUAGGCUCUUUGUCAUCAUAUAGAAAAAUAUAUGAAGAGCCCAUUAUUGCAUCCCGAGAACCUUCUGCUACUCAGGAAGAAAAAAAAUUGGGAGAGAAAAGAGCAGCCGAACUCACUCGCCUUACUGGACUCUUUAUUCUUAGAAGAACACAAGAGGUGAUAAAUAAAUAUCUUCCACCUAAAAUAGAGAGUGUAGUCUUCUGCCGACCAGUUAUACUACAGACUGAACUUUAUCGGAAACUGUUGGAUUCCCAGGCUGUCAGGUUUUGCUUGCAGGGGCUACUAGAAAAUAGUCCUCAUCUGAUUUGUAUAGGAGCUCUUAAAAAACUCUGCAACCACCCUUGCCUUCUCUUCAAAUCUUUAAAGGAAAAAGAAUGUAACUCAUCCUCUGAUGAAUAUGAAGGAUAUAACUUUUCUGAAGGCUUGAUAGAUGCCUAUCCUGUGGAUUACAACCCAGUCACAUUUUCUGAGACGGAUUCGGGAAAACUACAGGUCUUGAUAAAGCUGUUAGCAGUUAUCCGUGAACUCAGACCUUCUGAAAAGGUGGUGCUGGUAUCUAAUUAUACACAAACUCUAAAUAUUUUACAAGAGGUCUGCAAGCGUCAUGGAUACAGUUGUUCAAGACUUGACGGACAAACCCCAGUUGCACAGAGGCAGCAAAUUGUUGAUGGAUUCAACAGCAAACACUCUUCAGAUUUUGUCUUCUUGUUAAGUUCAAAGGCUGGUGGUGUGGGACUGAACCUUAUUGGAGGUUCUCAUUUAAUUUUAUAUGAUAUUGAUUGGAAUCCAGCUACUGAUAUCCAGGCAAUGGCUAGAGUAUGGCGAGAUGGUCAGAAACAUCCUGUGCAUAUCUACAGACUUCUCACGACAGGCACAAUUGAAGAAAAGAUUUAUCAGAGACAGAUAAGUAAGCAAGGUCUUUCUGGGGCAGUUGUAGACCUGACCAAGACAUCUGAACAUAUCCAGUUUUCAGUGGAAGAACUUAAAAAUUUGUUCACCUUUCAUGAAGAUUCAGAUUGUGUAACUCAUGAUCUACUGGAUUGUGAGUGUAUGGGAAGGAAAGACCAUCAAGCCGAAUCUUUGGAAGCUGUCCAUACGUACAGAAAUUGUCAGCUUGGCUCAAAUCACCAUAUGCCUGACUCCAAAAAACCUCUUUCCAUGUCACAGUUGAAACAAUGGAAACACUUCUCUGGGAAACAUCAGAAUAUUAAUGAUCCCUUUCUUGAAAGAAUUAAAGAAAAUGUUUCAUUCAUUUUUCAAAAUGUAACCAAUCAAGGCCCUCUAACAUAA